AACAGCAGUGCUGCAUCGGUGGAACAAGAAAGAGAGGGAGGGAGGUGGAAGAGGGAUAAAGCACGAGGGAGCAGAGAGAGAGAGAGAGAGAGAGAGAGAGAGAGAGAUCCAGAGGAAGAGAGGGGGGCUUCCAGACUGGAUGGGCCCAGCAGUGCCUUGAUGGAGCAUGGGCCAGGUUCUAGGAUUCUCCCGCUGCAAGGAAUAUGGUUCUGUCUCCUCCACACCUGAUUCAACAUCUCCCUGCACUGAAGGUGGGAAUGAGGAGUCUGAGCUGUACGACCUGCAGACGGCCAGGGAGUGGUCUGACGAAGAAGAUGGGGGUCCGGAGGAUGAUGACGGUGGAGCUUCAUCCCCCUCCAUUUGGGGGACCCCGAGACAGAACUCCUUUGAGCCCACCUUCUCCUACAUCGCCAUCGCCGAGGCCGAGGCAGGCGGAUCCUCACGACAUCAUCGUGACUCAUCGUCAGGGAGCCGGCGGAGGAGCGGGGCCAGGGGAGGCCGCACCUCCCUGAGCCGCACGGACACCGUGGAAAUGCUCCUCCCCCUGGACUCCCCCGACGUGGAGUGGGACCCCCACGCCUUCCUCGCCCGAGAGGAGGAGGAGGAGGAGAGGGAGCAGGAGGAAGGGGAGAGGGAGGUCCACAGACAGACUGAGACAGUCCAUGCAUCUCUCCUAGAUACUGAGAUUGAACCUCAGGAGAGGGACACAGAGACCCAGAGAGGGGAGACAGAGCCCCUGGAGCCCCGGCACUACAGUCCCUCAGAGAGCCCCCAGGCGGCAUCACCGCCCCCUGAACCUGAGUCCCUCGUAACCAUGGAAACCACCGUCACAACGCUCACGGCCGCGCGACCAAGAGGCGGCCUCACCGAUGACGUGCCAUCCGCUUCCUCCACCUCCAUUGGUCGAAACACUCAGGAAGAGCUGGUCAGCGAACAGUGGUUUUCAGCGUUCAGCCUAUCAGGCCCGGCGAUAUGCAUCCACGUAGCAGUGAUGGAUCUGAUCUACUGGAAGGACACAGAGCGUACAGGCAUGGUAUUCACAGGGCUGGUGGUUGGCCUGCUGUCCUUGUUCCAGCUCAGCAUCAUCACAGUCAUCUCCACCAUCUCCCUGGGCGCCCUGUGUUUCACCAUCUCAGUCAGCCUCUACUAUAAAAUCCUGCAAGUGCUCAACAUGGGAGACGGAGUGCACCCUUUCAAGGCGUAUCUGGACCUGGACAUCAGUUUCAGUGGGGAGCUGGCGGACCAAUACACGCAGAAGACCAUCGUCACAGUCGUCUCUGCUGCCAACUCACUCAAGAAUCUCGUCCUGGUUGGAAACCUCUUUGACUCUCUCAAGCUCCUGGCUCUGAUGUACCUGGUGACUUUCCUGGGAGUCCUGUGUAACGGCCUUACAGUGCUCAUCAUUGCUGUGAUCACUCUCUUCUCUCUACCGCUGUUCUACAGGCAGCACCAGGCAAAAGUGGAUGGCUUCUUUGCAGGAAUUCAGGCAAAGAUUGACAAUGUCAAGGACAUUCUCCACAGAAUUGCCCAAGGUGGUGGCCCCACUCCUGACCCAACCCCUGGCGGUGCGAAGCCCAAAACACAAUGAAGAGUAACGGCGGAGAGGAGGAUGAGGAGCAGAGAAGAGGAGGAGUUACAGGCUGUCACUCAGAUGUCUUACUCGGCAGUCUGCUCAGAGCUCCAGAAGGCGGAGCUUCUGAGAUUGGGCAGGUUGUGUGGGGAGUCGAAGCAUGGGGUUGGGACACGAUGAUACUGUUAUGGUGGGAUAGGGUAGGUUGCUACUGGGUGAGGGUGAGGGAACGGAAGUGAUAUCUGGACGAGAGUUGUUGCUGUUUCAAAGGAAGAUUUAAGGCAUGGCCUACAUGGGUGAUUGUGGCUUGAAUGGUACAGACAGCUGCAGUCCAGUAAAAUAAUAAGACUGAUUGGAACCUCCGAUUCUAUGAGACCUGUGGGUUCCUUAUUGACACCUGUAUAUCUGAACAGAGGGAAGUAAAAACUUCAGUAUAGAGUCCAGCAGGACUGGAGUUCACCAGGAGCGAGGACGGGGUCAGAAGUUGGAGUUCACCAAACCGGAGUUCACCAUUAUUCAUAGCAGCCUAACACUUGGAAUCAGGAUGUGUGUGUGGUAGAGUCUGUGUGAGGGAAUGAUGGCACUUUUGUGCUCAUGACGAGUGUGUGUGUGUGUGUGUGUGUGUGUGUGUGUGUGUGUGUGUGUGUGUGUGUGUGUGUGUGUGUGUGUGUGUGUGUGUGUGUGUGUGUGUGUGUGUGUGUGUGUGUGUGUGUGUACACAGUAUGUGUGAGUUGACAUGCAGCUCGCUGAUCUGAACCUGUUACCUGAGAACUAUUAAAGCCACAACUGUUCUUUUCAUUUCAAA